AUGGAGUGCGUGGAUCCAGGUCCGGCGGGCUGGAUCGGUGAAUCUAGCCUGGGGAGUGGAUCCUGCCAAGGAUGCUGGGAGAAGGCUGAGCCCGGGUUAAAUGGGUCUUAUCCGCGAGUGGAUUCUUCGCCGACACUCGCCUUCCCUUCUCCGAGAUCCUCCUCCCCAGUGGCCACCAUGGGAAGUAAGACUCUGCCGGCCCCAGUGCCCAUUCACCCCUCCCUGCAGCUCACUAACUACUCCUUCCUCCAAGCGUUCAACGGGCUGCCCGCGGUGCCCUCGGACCACCUGCCCAACCUGUACGGCUUCAGCGCCCUGCACGCCGUUCACCUGCACCAGUGGACAUUGGGUUACCCAGCCAUGCAUUUGCCUCGCUCUUCCUUCUCCAAGGUGCCCGGGGUGUCCAGCUUGGUGGACGCCAGGUUCCAGCUGCCUGCCUUCCCUUUGUUCCCACACGUCAUCCAGCCCAAGCAAGAAGCCACCAGCGUGCCCCUCAAAGCCAAACCCCGGUUUGAUUUUGCCAACCUAGCUGUGGCCGCCACCCAAGAGGAUCACUCUAAACUGGGCCAGGCGGACAGCCAGAGCUCGCCUCCGGGGCUCGGCUCCUUGCUCGAGGUAACUAAGCUCUCCCCGGAGAAGAAACCCACCCGGGGGAGGUUACCUUCCAAAACCAAGAAGGAAUUCGUCUGCAAAUUCUGUGGCAGACACUUCACCAAGUCCUAUAACCUUUUGAUUCACGAAAGAACCCACACCGAUGAGAGGCCCUACACGUGUGACAUUUGCCACAAAGCAUUCCGAAGGCAAGAUCAUCUGAGGGAUCACAGGUAUAUUCAUUCUAAAGAAAAGCCUUUUAAGUGUCAAGAAUGUGGGAAAGGCUUUUGCCAGUCCAGAACUCUAGCUGUCCACAAGACACUGCAUACGCAAGUAAAGGAGCUUAAACCUUCCAAACUUAAAUGCUGA